GUUUUUUUUUUUGAGUUUUCUUCCACAUCACACAAAGUAACCAAUUUCGAACAAAAAUGUCAACUGAUACGUUUCACGGAUGGGCUUGCCCUGGCAAAGAUCAACCUCUUGAAUGGAAAGAGUUGCCUUUGAAGGCUUUUGAUGAUGAUUCGGUUGAAAUGAAUGUGACCCACUGCGGUAUUUGUGGUUCGGAUAUUCACACCAUGGACUCCGGUUGGGGUCCUACCGACUAUCCUUGUGUUGUGGGUCACGAAAUUGUCGGUCUGUGUACUCGCGUCGGUAAAAACGUCACCAACGUCAAGGUGGGCGACCGCAUUGGUGUUGGUGCUCAAUCCGGUGCAUGUCUCGAGUGCGACAACUGCAAAGGCGGUGACGAGAAUAUCUGCGAACGUAAAAUGAUUGGUACCUACAACAGCCGCUGGCCCAACGGCGACAAGUCGUUUGGUGGCUAUGCCGACAAAUGGCGAGGUCACUACCGUUUCGUUUUCAAGGUGCCCGACGCCAUGUCCAACGAAGUUGCCGCCACCUUUUUCUGCGCCGGUGUCACCACUUACGCGCCCCUCAAGCGUGCCAACGUCAAGCCUGGCGACAAAGUCGGCGUCAUUGGUAUUGGUGGUUUGGGUCAUUUUGCUGUGCAGUGGGCCAAGGCUAUGGGAGCCAAGGUGGUGGCUCUCUCCCACUCUGAUCGCAAGCGUGAUGAUGCCAAAGCACUCGGCUGCGAGGAUACCAUUGUUACCUCGGAUAAAGAGGCCAUGAAAGCUCAGCAAGGCACUUUUACACACAUCAUCUGUACCAACGCUGCUAACAACUUUGACUGGCCUCUUUUCCUUGGUCUCUUAAAGGCCAACGGUCACUUUAUCAUGGUGGCUCUGCCUGAAACGCCUCUCAACGGUAUCCCUGCUGGCAUGUUGAUUAUGCGUCAAGUCACCUUAUCCGGCUCUUUGAUUGGUUCUCCUCGUGUGAUCCAGGAGAUGCUUGAAUUUGCUGCGGAGCACAACGUCAAGCCUUGGCUCAACAAGUACUCCAUGAAGGACUGUCCCGAAGCUGUGCAAGCUAUGCGUGAUGGCAAAGCCAGAUACCGCAUUAUCUUGGAAAACUAAAAAGCCUCCUUUUUUGUAAAUCAUAUAAAUUUGUAGAAUUGUAGAAUAAAAGAAAAUGUUCGUCAUAUUGUG